CUGAAUUAAAUGAGUAUUAUUAUUUCAAAUUUCUUUGUUCUUAAUUUGCACUAAAUAAUUCUUACAAUUAAAUCAUAAUGAUUUUUUUUACAAUUUUAGCAAUUUUGUUAUUUAAUUCUUCAUUAGCAAAUCCUACUACAAAAAAACGACAUUGCGAUUACUCUACCUACAUGUUGAAUUUUUUUUUGUAUUGUGGACAUUAUUUAUUACAAAUGGAAAACGAUGUUGAAAAAGUGAAUGAAGAUGAUUUAAAGAAGUAUAAACAAGCUAUUCAAUCUCAUGGUGACGUUGUAUUUUACAUGGUUGAAGAAUUAUAUAAUAGAUAUGAUAAACAUUUUCCAUCAGACUUGAUGGCAGUAAAUUUGUACUUAAAUAAUUUAUCUGAAUCGGUAAAUAUAAUUUCUAAAAAUAACUUAGAUAAUGAUAUUAAAAAUAAAAAGGUGUUUCUAGGUAUACAAGGUAUUAAAAUAGUAAAUCAUGGAAUAGUAAUAAACUUACUAAAUUAUAUAAAUUACAAUUGUUCUGAUGUUUCAACAUCAGACUAUGGCCUGUAUCCUAACAAUAUGAAAGUACAAAAAGAAAAUCUUGAUCAAUUAAUUAAUGCUACAUAUAUUCUCAGAGACAAAAUAUUCAAAAUAAUAAAUUCUGAAAUAGUUAAACGUAACAAAAAAAAUUCCUUGUUCCUCCCGAAAAAUUUUUUUUUCUAUAAUUUAAUGACAGACAAGUCAGAAAAUAAUUUGAUGAAUGGUACAGAGACAAGACGACAUAUAGAACUUACAAAUGACAAGCCUAAAGAUAUUUUAGAUCUUCUACGUUUUACUCCUCUAAGUAUACAGUGUAAUGAUCAAACUUAUCUAACAUUAUCAGAUAUAUUUCGUUUUGUAAAAUAUCAAUUUUCUUAUAUGGAAGUGAAAGCUUUCAUAAGACUUUUACUUGCAGCUACUUUUCGUCCUGUUGGUUUACUUAUAAUUGAUUACACACAUUUUGUAAUGAAUAUAAUUGAAAAUGGAAUAAAUAUAAAGAAACAUAUAACAAUUUUAGAUGAUUUGGGCAAAAAUAUCAUUAAUUGUCUCACACAAUUCAAAUCUUUGAACAUUUUUCAUUAUACCGCAUGUAAUUUUCUUGAUAUAAUUUUUCGUAAACUUUCCAUAAUUAUAAAAUGCUCUGCUGGUGAGACACUUAAAAAAAAAAAUUUUCCAAAUGAUAUUUUGAAUUUAAUAGUCUCAUUUUUGCACAGUAAUAAAUUAAAAUUAAAUACGGAAUCGCAAACAACUGUCACUGAAGAAAACGUAUUGAAUUUAUGCAAUGAAAUAUUGCAAAAAGAAAAACAAGUUGAUAUGUAUCUUAUUGAGUUAGAUAAAUAUAUAAAUUCAUUUAAUUCAUUUCAUAUAGUACAAGAUAGUAGGAAAAUAGAUAUUUCACAUUUCAAAUACUUUUUACAACCUUUUAUAAUUGAUAAUUUAUGUAAAGAAAAUCCAAUAAUUAGUAAUAAAAAUACUGAUGAAAAAAUUAUCGACCAUGGUUAUAAUGAAGACUUUAAUAGAAUAUUGGAUGUCGGGAAUAAUGAUGGUUUAGAAGAAUUUGGGAUUUCUAAUAUUGCGAAUUUCGAAAAUUAUGAUAAAAACUUUGACAAAAUGUUAAAACUGAAAUCAUUUCAAUUAAAUGAUUAUCCAAAGCAUAUGGUUGAUUAUAUUGUAUACGAUUAAAAUAUUAUUUUAUAAAAAAAUAAAUAAUAUUUUAC